AUGUGGAGACUUGAAAGAUUGUCCAGACUUACUGCAAUUAAUUUUGGUAAAAAUACUAUAUAUCCAAUUUUGUACAAUAGCUUCAAUAGCAAAUCAGUACAGUAUGGUUGGGAUAUGGAAAACAUAGCAAAAAAACAUUUUGAGCAGUUAUAUGGUAUUCAUGUCAAUGCAUGUGGUUUAUGCAUAGAUAAAGAUUAUCCAUACCUCGCUGCAAGUCCUGAUGCUAUGACCGAUAAUAAUAAAGUUGUAGAAAUUAAAGCACCUUUUGCAGCGAAAGACACUUUGAAUAUACAUGAAGCUGUCGAAAGUUGUAAAAUCAAAUAUUGUACCAUUGACAAUGGUAAACUUAAAUUAAAAAGAACACACGAUUACUUUUAUCAGAUUCAGGGGCAACUUCUAGGGGCUAACACUCACCUACCGUUAAAAUAA